AUGGGGCUCUCUUCCGAGGCAAAAUUCGUCCUCCAGCACGUCGCCGAGGUGGACCGUACCGGCCACAGCGUUGUAUACGUCAACAAGACGGACCCGCAGCAGGCGGUGAAGGCCGAAGCCAUCUGGAUCGAGGGCAAGCCAUACGGCCCGGCGUCGCAGCCCGAAAACAUCUGGGAACGCCGUCUGGCGGUGCGGGAGAAACGGCUGUCAGGCGUGCGCACCGACCCCAACGAUGCUUCAGAUGCUAAUUCCGAUGCCGAGGAUGCCUGUCCUCCGGGGUGA